AGCGGCGGGCGGCCAAUGGGCGACUGGGGGCGGAGCUUGCGGGCGGCGGUGGCGGUGGGGGGGGGGCUUGCGGCCGGGCCCGGGAGAGGGAACCGGGAGCGCUGGGAGGAGACACGGGCACGGCCCGGAGGUGCUGGGAGCGCUGGGGGGAACCGGGAGCGCUGGGAGGAGACACGGGCACGGCCCGGAGGUGCCCCCAGAGCCAUGAGGACCCUUGUGCUGCUGUGGGUGGCCCUGGCCGGCGUGGGGGCCCAGCUGCUCUGUCCCCAUGGGGGACCCUGCCCCAUCACCCCGGCCCUGCCUGCCCGCAGUGCUGUGGGAUGCCAGGACAGCUCAUCCUGCCCCGUCAGCUGCCAGCUGCCAGAGAGUGUCCCCUGCGCCGAGGGCCACCACUGCUGUCCCCGAGGGUCCCACUGCAGCGCUGACGGGGAGUCCUGUGUCACAGACCUGGGUACGGGGACACGGCGGGUGGCCUGGGGGCAGGGUGGUCCUCGAGGGGACAGGAUGGACAGGGGGGUGUCACCCGUGUCCACAGCCCCCCGUGCUGUCCCCUGUCCCGACGGCCAGUCCGAGUGUCCCGAUGAUGCCACGUGCUGUGUGACGAGCAGCGGCGCCUGGGGGUGCUGCCCCAUGCCCCAGGCCUCGUGCUGUGCCGACAAGGUGCACUGCUGUCCCCAUGCCACCGUCUGCGACCUGACCCGUGGGCGCUGUGUGUCCCCUGCCGGUGACACCGAGGUCCCCCUGGGCACAGCCUUCCCCGCCUGGAAGCGCCACCCCCCCGCCCCAGUGGCGCUGCGCCAGGUGCUGUGUCCUGACGGCCGCUCGGCGUGUCCCGACGGGUCCACCUGCUGCCAGCUGUCCCCAACGCAGUACGGCUGCUGUCCCCUGCAGAACGCCGUGUGCUGCAGUGACGGGCAGCACUGCUGUCCCCAGGGCACCACCUGUGACCUGAUCCACUCCACCUGCACCUCCCUGGGGGGCUCUGCCCCCCUGGCAGCACUGCCCACAGCCGGUGACGUCAAGUGUGACGAGAGGACGAGCUGUCCUGAUGGGAACACGUGCUGCAGGCUCAGCUCAGGGGCCUGGGGGUGCUGCCCCCUCGAGCAGGCCGUCUGCUGCCCCGACCACGUGCACUGCUGCCCCCAGGGCUACACCUGCGACCCCGAGGGGGGCAGCUGCCUGCAGGUGGGGGGCACCCGCCGGCCCUGGCUGCGCAAGACCCCGGCGCUGCCCCGGGGGGGACAGGUGACAUCGGGGAAUGUCACUUGUGAUGAGAAGACGAGCUGUCCUGACGGGACCACGUGCUGCCGGAUGAGCCUGGGCACCUGGGGGUGCUGCCCCUUCCAGCAGGCCGUCUGCUGCCCCGACCACGUGCACUGCUGCCCCCAGGGCUACACCUGCGACCCCGAGGGGGGCAGCUGCCUGCAGGGGGGGGGCACCCGCCGGCCUUGGCUGCGCAAGACCCCGGCGCUGCCCCGGGGGGGACAGGUGACAUCGGGGAAUGUCAAAUGUGAUGAGAAGACGAGCUGUCCCGAUGGGAGCACGUGCUGCCAGCUGAGCCUGGGCACCUGGGGGUGCUGCCCCCUCGAGCAGGCUGUUUGCUGUGGGGACCACAAGCACUGCUGUCCCCAGGGCUACACCUGCAACGUGGCUACCGAGAGCUGUGAGAAGCUGCUGGCACCCACCCCGCUGCUGCCAACUCCCUCUGCCCCCCGCCAGGCCCCCUCUGCACCCCACCGGGCACCCCCUGUCCCACUGCGAGCUGCUGGCACCCGCCCAGGUGGCCUUGUGCCCUGCGGUGCCACUGGCUCCUGCCGCGGGGGCCAGCGGUGCUGCCAGACCCGGGGAGGCUCCUGGGGGUGCUGCCCCUUCGCCCAGGGCUCCUGCUGCUCCGACGGCCGCCACUGCUGCCCCACGGGGUUCCGCUGCACCAGGGGGGGCUGGGGGUGCAGCCCCCAGCGCUGGGACCUGCUCUGAUGGCACUGGGGACGCCACCAGUACCCUCCCGAGUGCCACUACCCCAAUAAACGGUUUCUAGGAGAAACUCCA